AACAUAUGUAAAUAAAUAAAGUCUGUUGUUUUGGAGCAGGUUAUGUGGGAGGACCAACAAUGGCUGUGAUGGCCUCUAAAUGUCCAAAACAAACAUUCGUUGUUUAUGACAUAAAUGAAUAAUAAAUUAACAAAUGGAAUAACAAGCAAUAUCCAGUAUAUGAGAAAAAUUUAGAUGAAUAUAUAAAUUAAACAUUGGAUAACAAUUUAAUAUUCACAUGUGAUAUUGAUAUUGCUUUAAAGGAUUGUGACAUCGCCUUUUUAGCUGUCAAUACUCCAAGUAAAAAGUAUGGACUUGGAGCUGAAUCAUCAUUGGAUAUAUCAUACAUAGAUAGUUGUCUAUAAGAGAUUAAAAAAUACCCUUUAACUAAAAAGUUAAUAUUAGUAGAAAAAUCAACUGUUCCAAUUAAAACUUGUGAUUAUAUAAAUGCUGUUCUAAAGGAUAAGAAUAUUUGUGUUCUAUCUAAUCCUGAAUUCUUAGCUGAAGGCACUGCUAUCCAAGAUCUUCUUAAUCCAGACAGAGUCAUUAUUGGUGGGGCUAUUGAAUACGCUUAGUAAUUGGCAUCAUUGUAUGAAUAAUGGGUACCAAAGGAGAAAAUCAUAUUCACUAAUAUAUACUCAGCUGAAUUAAGUAAAAUUGUUGCAAAUUCUUUCCUUGCUCAAAGAGUUUCUUCAAUCAAUAGUAUAUCUAUAAUUUGUGAUAAAAUUGGUGCUGAUGUUAAUGAAAGUAAUUUGAUCAGACUCUCUUAAUUUAUUAGUUUCUUAAUGCGUAGGGAGCGAUAGUAGAAUUGGUAAUAAAUUUUUGAAGACAUCAGUUGGAUUUGGUGGAUCAUGUUUAAAGAAAGAUCUCUUAUGUUUAAUUUAUUUAUGUGAAUCACUAUAAUUGGAUGAAGUAGCACAAUAUUGGAGAUAAGUGUAUUUACUAAAUGAAUUUUAAAAGCAAAGAUUUUAUAAUCUUAUAAUUACAUCUAUGUUUAAUAGUCUAAGAAAUAAAAUUAUUGUUAUUUUGGGAGUAACAUUUAAAGCUAACACCAAUGAUACAAGAGAAAGUGCUUCUUUGAUGAUUAUUCAAAAAUUAUAAGAAGAAUAGGCAAUAUUGAGAAUUUAUGAUCCCUAAGGUAAAAUAGAUAAGUUGGAAUAAUAUUAAAAUUUGGAUGGUAUAUUUUAAGGGGCAUCUGCUAUAGUGAUAUUAACAGAAUGGGAAGAGUAAAAAUGAUAAGAUUAUUAUGAUAGGUUUACAAAAAUAGAUUAUGCUCAAGCUUAUGAUUAAAUGGCCAAACCUUCUUAUUGUUUUGAUGGUAGGAAUUUAUUAUAAGGGGAUAUAAUGAAGUCUCUUGGAUUUUUAUAUUACGGAUUAGGUAGAAUAUGA